UAUAUUUUUCGUUUUUCAUGCAUUAAUGCAUUAAAAAUUCAAAACGUUAAAAGCAUCAUAAACAUCAUACAUUUGAUGUUUAUAUAGUAUGCAUUUAGCACUGUCAACUGUGACACGAAUCAAAAAAUGAAAGUCAAUAGUAUAUAUUAUAAUAUCACAUUAUGGUAUUCGGGUGUGAUCAUCUUUCUCGCAAGUUAUUUGUAAGAAGGGUGGUAUUGCAAUAUAGUUGUUCCCUUAUUCAACUAAACUUCGUUCAGAUCAGUUUUUACCCAGUAGAUUUUUUCCGGCGGUGUACGGUAUCAUUAUUCUGUUAUUCAAUUUAAUUAUCAAGUAAAAUGUUGCUAAGAAUCGCCACCAUGGAUGAGGCACUAUGGAUGGAUGGAUAAAAUAAAAUUGUCAACAAUAUACAAUGAGUUAGCCAAAAGUCAAGAAACAUGAAAAAAAAAGAACAAUACAGAACAAUAAAGAAAAAACAAAUAGCAGAACACAGUCCUCAAACCAUAGAACAAUAACCAAUAUAAUGAUGAUGAUGAUGAUGAUGAUGAUCACGACGAUGACAGUAGAAACAGCUGCGUAAAUGGCAACGUUACGUGGACGACUGAAAUCCACGAUGAACGUCUGCCGACUGUUCGGGCUGGGACUCUAGCCGAACGGUACCGUGGCCACCGUCGUGGACGCGCUAAUCGUACUGGCCAAUCUGUCGUACUGCGCCUACGGGUACGAUCACGUGACGUCCGUCGUGCAGCAGCAUAUGUCAUAUAUGUGGGACAUCACGACGGUGAUGAGCGUGGCCAAGGUGUACACGUACCUGCUGACACCGCCGGCGAUGUUAAUCAUGUGGCAGUACAACAGACGGCCGCUGUCAGACGUCUUGCGCGAGCUUGACCUCGGUAUGACCGAAACGGCCGCGGCUACACCUCUAGCACCGUUCGCUUGGUACUCGGUCACGUGGCUGUGCAUGUCCGUGCUCAUCGAGUUUUCCGCGUACACCAUGUUCCACUUUAACACCAAUUUUGCGCACUUCACGAUAACCGAGUAUGGCAUGAUCGUCGUUUACAACGUAUGGUCCAAAGUGCCACUUUUGAUGUACACAUUCUUGAUGGACACGAUUCGGACGGCCAUCCGGGACAUCAACGGUCGGCUGACUACGGUAGCCGAAUGGCGGACGUACCGCAGCCGAUGGGAUGAUCUAAGGCGGGCGGCCGUCAAUCUGGCCCGGUACCAGUUCGGCGUCACCAUCAUCGUGUUCAUCGUGUGUACGAUCGCAGAGAUCGUGUUCUAUGUGUUCAUGUUGUACUUGUUCGGCUACAAUAACAAGAACGCACUCCGAAUAUCCAUUUACUUCAUCAACGCAUUAUUCAGCGCCUCCUGGAUGUUUGAGGUUAUCCGCAUGUCAAAAAACUGCAAGCUAGAGCUACUGAAAACACAAAAAGUCUUGAAUUCGAUUAGCAUUAACUUCAAUUCCGAUUACAGACAGAUAAAAUAUGCUUCUUUACAUAUGCUACACGCAGAUUUUACUUUCAUGCCGUGCAAUAUUUUUGAAAUGAAUUACAGAAGUCUGAGAUCAAUUGCUACAUUAAUCACAGCAUUUCUCAUUUUUCAAAUUCAGAUGAAAUUAUCCUAAAAAUACCAAAUGCCAAAUUAUUUACUGUAAAUAUUAUGUGGCCACUCUAGAAGCUAUUUAGUUAUACGUGACUGCAACUGUUCCUGAAUAGUUUUACAACGUAGUGUUAAAACUUUGAAUUUCAACUUUUUUUGUAUUAUUCAAA